AUGUACGUAACUCCAAACUUUUAUGGAGUUUAUUUAUUAAAAUCAACGGUUAAAAAUGCUUAUUACAUUGGAUCAACUCCUGAUCCUCAAAGAAGAUUAAGACAACACAAUGGGGAGAUAAGUAGUGGAGCAUUUAGAACUAAGAGAAAAGGCUAUAGGCCUUGGGAAAUGGUAAUCAUUAUUUAUGGAUUUCCUUCAAAAGUUCAAGCUUUACAAUUUGAACACGCAUGGCAGCAUGCUUACCAAAGUCGUCAUAUAGAUGGAUUAGGUAAUAAAACUAACCAUAGCAUUCAUUAUAGAUUAGGAAAUUUAAGAAAAUUAUUAUCUUCGGAUUAUUUCAAACGGUUAAUUUUAGAAGUAAAUAUUUUUAAUCGUGAAAUAGAGAAAAUUUGGGAUGUUAACAAAUUUGGGUGUUGUCAUUACCAAAUCUCAACAAUUUCAUGGCAUGAUUUUAUCCCUCUGUUAACUAAUGAUGAACAGUUUGAUAUAAUUAAACGAGAGUUUUUAAGAAUUGUUAAAUGUAAGAAAUGUGAUAAAGAUAUUGAUAUGGUAAAUAAUCCUCAAUUAGUUACCAAAUGUGUACAUUUCUAUCAUUUAAAAUGUUUAUGUAAUGAUUUUCUACCGUCAACAAUAACCGUAGAUGAUCAAUCUUAUCAUUGGCGAGAUUUGAUUAAAAUUUCCACUAAAUUACGUAAUUAUUUUAACCAAUAG